GUUGUAGUAUUAAGAGGAAGGAGAAAGAGAUUGUAAGCGUAAACUGGAAUUACACACCGUUACUGAGGUAGCUGGCCAGCACAUUACACACUAACCAAGCACUACAUAAUCCUGGGAUUUAGUGUUUUUCCCCAAUUUAGCAGUUUUCUUCAGGACGGAUUACACUUACUGGUCUUGUCUCUCUUCCUCUCUUCUGGCUGAGAGCUUAAAUGGAAGGAUUGUACCAUGAUAUUUCUCGGAUUGCCUACUACACAGAAUAUGACAGACACCUAGCAGCAGCAGUAUCGGCACGUAAAAACAUGGCGACGGCCUACCUGGACCCCAACUUGAACCAUGCCCUCCUGGGUGGCGCCAAGUCACGGCUGAGUGCCGGGGGGUCAGAUCGAACAAUUGGCGGGUCUGUGGACAGGGUUCUGAAAGUCUUCCAUCACUUUGAGACCAACACCGAGACCAGCUGCUGGUCAUCAAAUAUCAGAUACGGCGAUGCAACGGAUGUUAGGGGAAUCAUGCAGAAGAUUCUGGACAUCCACAAAGUGCGCUGGACGUCAUGUUUUGGCCUGCGCCUUAGCAGCAGCCAGUCCAGAGAUCAGGUGCACUGGCUUCACCCGGAUAUGGGCGUGUCCCACGUCAGAGAGAAAUAUGAACAGACACGCCCACAGGAGGAGUGGAGGUAUGAGUUAAGGAUUAGGUAUCUUCCAAAGGGCUUUGUGCGGCAGUUUACAGAAGACAAACCUACACUCAACUACUUCUACCACCAGGUUAAGAAUGACUACAUGACAGAGACUGGAGAUCAGGUUGAACAUGAUGUAGCUCUCAAAUUGGGUUGUCUAGAAAUAAGGAGGUUCUUCAAAGAAAUGAGAGGAAAUGCUCUUGACAAGAAAUCCAACUAUGAACUACUAGAGAAAGAUGUUGGAUUGAGGCGUUUUUUCCCAAAAGAGCUUUUGGAUUCAGUCAAGGCUAAGACGCUUCGCAAGUUGAUCCAGCAAACAUUUAAGCAGGUGGCCAAUCUUAACGACGAGCAGUGCAUCCUGAAGUUCCUAGAGAUCCUUGCACCAGUUUACCGAUAUGACAAGGAGUGCUUCAAAUGUGCCCUCGGGUCAAGCUGGGUGAUUCAGGUGGAGUUAGCUAUCGGACCCGAGGAAGGGAUAAGUUACCUCACAGACAAGGGAUCCACACCCACCCAUCUAGCAAACUUUAAUCAAGUUCAGUCCAUCCAGUACUCUGCUACAGAAGAGAAGGACAGGAAAGGGAUGCUGCAGCUCAAUGUAGCGGGUGCUGCUGAGCCUCUCACAGUUACAACAGCAUCAUUGACCAUGGCAGAGAACUUGGCUGAUUUGAUUGACGGUUAUUGUCGACUGGUAUCCAUGGAAACUCAUUCAUUCAUCAUUAGAGUUCAGAAAGAGGGAGAGAGAGCACUGCCGUCCAUCCCAAAAUUGUCCAAUAAUGAGAAAAAGUUAGAAGCAGUCAGGAGUGGAGUAAGAACCAUCUCUGUCUCAGACCUCGUGACAUCAACACCUCCCAAGCCAACCAAGGCGCGACGUUUCCUCCUCCCUUUUGUCUUCUGUUCCGAUUCGCCACCAAAUGAAGAUCUUAGUGGGGAUGAAACUGAUGACUACGCUGAGAUAGUGGAUGAGGAGGACACAUACACCAUGCCGUCCAUGAGCUAUGGAGUAGUUGAAGCACGGGACUAUGAGAUCCAGAGGGACAGGAUAGAACUGGGACGCUGCAUAGGGGAGGGUCAGUUUGGAGACGUGCACCAAGGAGUCUAUAAUAGUCCGGACAAACCACUGCUACCUGUCGCUAUUAAGACGUGUAAAAACUGCACUUCGGACAGCGUCAGAGAAAAGUUCCUGCAGGAAGCACUGACCAUGCGUCAGUUCGACCACCCCCACAUCGUUAAGCUGAUUGGUGUGAUCACAGAGAACCCUGUGUGGAUCAUCAUGGAGCUCUGUACGCUGGGAGAGUUGCGCUCAUUCCUUCAGGUGAGGAAAUACAGUCUGGACUUGGCCACUCUCAUCCUCUUCGCUUACCAGCUCAGCACAGCACUGGCCUAUCUGGAGAGCAAACGCUUCGUACACAGGGACAUUGCAGCUCGUAACGUGUUAGUUUCUUCGUUGGACUGUGUUAUGCUGGCGGAUUUUGGCCUGUCGCGAUACAUGGAGGACAGCUCAUAUUACAAAGCUUCUAAAGGUAAACUGCCUAUCAAGUGGAUGGCUCCCGAAUCGAUCAACUUUAGGAGAUUCACUUCAGCCAGUGACGUCUGGAUGUUUGGUGUGUGUAUGUGGGAGAUCUUGAUGUACGGUAUCAAGCCCUUCCAGGGGGUGAAGAACAAUGACGUGAUUGGCAGGAUAGAGAACGGCGAGCGACUGGCUAUGCCUCCCCAGUGCCCGCCCACCCUCUACAGUUUGAUGACCAAAUGUUGGUCGUAUGACCCCAGCAAGCGGCCGCGAUUCACAGAACUAAAAACGCAGCUCAGUACCAUACUAGAGGAAGAGAAGCUUCAACAAGAGGAAAGACUUCGAAUGGAGAUGAGGAGACAAGUCACAGUGUCGUGGGACUCCGGGGGGUCUGAUGAAGCUCCACCCAAACCCAGCAGACCGGGCUACCCCAGUCCUCGUUCCAGCGAAGGUUUCUUCUCCAGCCCCCAACAUAACCACUACCCGUCAUCAGCUCAUGGGGGUGUAGGAGGGGUAGGAGGCAACUAUGCUCCUGCUGAUUCCUGGAAUCAACACCGACCUGAACAUUCUGCACUAUGGAACAUGGAGGACAGCGGGUGCGUCGGUCAGGCUCUGAUGGAGGAAAGGCUGAUGAUGCAGCAACAACAGAUGGAGGAUGACCAGCGGUGGCUGGAGCAGGAGGAGAGCUUGAUGAAGGCCGAGUCCAGAAACAGUCGUGGAAGCAUCGACAAAGAGGACGGCGCACUACAAGCACCGGGUGGCAGCCAACAUAUUUAUCAGCCUGUAGGAAAACCAGAGCAUGUGGCACCCCCUAAAAAGCCACCUCGUCCAGGAGCACCUGGUCACCUCGGCAACCUGGCAAGUCUCUGUCCUGUGGACAGCUACAACGAGGGAGUCAAACCAUGGAGGUUACAACCCCAGGAGAUCAGCCCGCCCCCUACCGCCAAUUUGGAUCGUUCCAAUGACAAGGUAUAUGAGAAUGUGACGGGAUUGGUUAAAGCCGUCAUUGAGAUGUCCAACAGGAUUCAGCCUGCAUCCCCUGAGGAAUACGUCCCCAUGGUCAAGGAUGUGGGUCUAGCCCUGAGGACGUUGCUGGCGACGGUGGACGAGACGAUUCCUGUGCUACCAGCCAGCACACACAGAGAGAUUGAGAUGGCGCAGAAGUUGUUGAAUUCAGACCUGGCAGAGUUAAUAGGGAAAAUGAAACUGGCGCAGCAGUACGUCAUGACGAGCUUACAGCAGGACUACAAGAAACAGAUGCUGAUGGCAGCUCAUGCACUCGCCGUCGACGCCAAGAACCUGUUGGAUGUGAUUGACCAAUCGCGGCUGAAGAUGAUACCCCAUUCACGCCCGCAUUAGCCCAGAAUGUAAUCAGGACAAGGGGGCGGGGCCGGGAGUCUCUGCCAAAGCCAGUUUGACAAAUGGACGGAGAAAUGGCGGACAGUUGGCUUUUCUACAGAAGACGUGUGAAGGAUCCUGGCCAAUCAGAGGAGAUGAUGGAUGUCUGUGAUGAACGAAUGAACAGCGGAUGUGACUGACUUAAACAAUCAGCUUCAAACAUUCACCAUUUUUCUCACUGCAACAUUUUGUCAUCUUCUAUUUCUGUUUAUUUACUGGUUUUUAUAUCCAGAGAAACAUUUUUCACCCAGAAUCCACGGAGAUCAGUUUAAAAAAAACACCUGCAACUGUUUUUAACAACUGAAGAAAGUGAAUCUAAAUAUGCACUUUGUGAUGCUCAUCUUUUUGUUUCUCUGAGGUGCUCGUGGCUUUUAACAAUAAACAGAACUAACGUUUCA